UCAUUCGUCUCGAUUCAAUUUUUGUCUGUGAAAAUGUUGAAUCAAAAAUUGUUGAAUUUGCUAUUCUUUGGGAUUUAUGUUUUGGUGACAGUUGAAUCAGCACACAGAAAAUAUAAAAAUUCUGUCGAAAGUGCAAAAGAUGAGGAUUCUAUAAUUUGGCACAGGUUUAAUGCGAAAGACAUUGAUAACAAAACGAUAAUUGACUAUCAAAUUCGAAACAUACCAAAAUCGCUUUACAAAAAAGCAGUCAAUUUUAUGGUGGAACACUAUAUGCGAGAUGAGCCAAUAUCUAAAGAGAUGGGCAUUAUCAACAAUCGAACUGUUGUAAAACAAUACAGAGAAGACUGGCUGUCAAAUUUAAGUGAAGGGGUUUCAGUAGCCUGCUUCAAAGGUGACACCAAUAUUAUUGUUGGCGUACAAAUAUUAAACAUUGUGACAGACAAAACUAUGACCAUCUGUGGAUUUGAUGUAUUUAGUGAAUAUGACGUUGAUAUAUACAUAGACGACGAAGGAAUGGCAGUAGAUUCGGCAUAUCGAGGUCGAAAAAUUGGUCGAGAACUUCUUGUUGCCAGAAAAUCAAUUUGUGCCUUCUAUGGUAUCAGAGUGACAUCAAGUGUAUUUUCGUCAAUGUAUUCAAUUUCAAUGGCCAUUGAUGUUGGAUUUGAAUUCAACAAACAUAUUCAAUAUGAUGAUAUACAGCUGUAUAUACCAGAGAUUUUGCCAUAUUUUAACUGCACAGAAAUUAUUCUAAUGUCAAAAAAAUACAAUUGAAAUUUUUCGAUGGUUUGAAGAAUGGAAA